AUGUUGAGAACUGUGUCUCGGUUUAUGCCCUUGCGGUUUGGUGUGCGUUAUUCGCAUGAGUAUGCGCCUCGGUACAAAGAGCAACAGAAGAAGCAGAAAGGGCGGGUUCCAGUGCGUACAGGUGGAUCUGUGAAAGGGUCUACUCUGCAGUUUGGACAAUAUGGUAUACGUUUGAAAAGCGAGGGUGUGCGACUCACCGCGGAGCAGUUGAAGGAGGCCGACAAUGCGAUUAUGCGGUACGUGAGACCCUUGAACAAUGGUCAGCUGUGGAGAAGGCUGUGUACCAACAUUGCCGUGUGUAUUAAAGGUAACGAGACUAGAAUGGGUAAAGGUAAAGGUGCUUUUGACCACUGGAUGGUACGUGUCCCUACUGGCAAGAUCCUGUUUGAAAUGGCUGGCGACAAUUUACAUGAAAGGGUUGCCAGAGAGGCGUUUAGAAAGGCAGGUACUAAGCUACCGGGUGUCUAUGAGUUUGUCUCUAGGAAAUCUUUGACUAGAGUGGGCCUACAUAGCUUUAAGAACCCCGAACAUGAUCCAAAAGUGGAUCAUUUCAAAGAACAGGAACAAAAACCUACAAAGAAGUAUCUGAAUGUCUUGAAAUCUCAAGAACCAGAGUAUAAAUUGUACAGAGGACGCUAA